UAGUAAGUGAGACGACUUUAUCAGUGAGUCACGACAGCUGACACAUUUCCUUUCCUCGGAUUCGUCCUUCGGUGCUGAGUCCCGUGACGACACGUCAGAAGAACAACUCCGAUCACUAAAACAGAGUAGUGCCCCUUAUCAACAUGGCGUCUCUCGAAUAUUCUGACAGCUCAGUAGAUGAGGAGCAACUGUGAUGUCAGAUUUGCAUGGGAAAACUAGAGAAUAGUGCCAUGAUUCAGAGUGUGUCUGAGUUGAUCAGUUUAUCACUUGCAUUUCUAUUGAUUUUCCGGACGAUUUCUUUUGCUUUAGCAGACGACGGCACCGAUGAGGCGAGCCCGACAGAGUACCGCUAUGAAUUGGCAACAUCACCAGAUGCUGCCUUUGUGUACGAAAACACUCAUUACUUUGAAAUCAUCUUUCCAGAAAGUUUAAGCUAUACAUACAAACUUCGCCGCGCGAAAGAUUUUGGUAACGAUUUUGAUCGCGAGUACAAGAAAAUUCGCAUGGUCAUCGCAGAGCCCAUUGAGGCAUGCAGUCCCAUUAUUAACAACGUGGAAAGGGCCGUUGCUUUCAUCCUGCGAGGUGGAUGCUCCUUCUUGACGAAGUCCAGACAAGUUGAAAAAGCUGGCGCGGUGGCAGUCAUCGUCGCUGAUAAUGACGAAGAAAAUGACGAGUAUAUGAUUGACAUGGUCGACGAUUCAACUGGCCGAUCUGUGGAGAUUCCAUCUCUGUUCCUGAUGGGUAAGGAUGGCAUGAUGAUACGGCGAAAUCUGAUGUUGGAAGGGCUUGAUGAAGCCAUCAUCAACAUUCCUGUUAAUCUGACUGGAAUUCCAAUCGGUGCAGCAAAACAGCCACCAUGGACACUCUGGUGAUGGUGCAAAAUAGUUAAGAGGCAUCUACAAUCAAACGAUUGAGGGCAGCUGCUGACAAUCAUGAGAAUGAAGCAGUUUUACCAAAACCAAGAGAAAAUCCAUGAUCAUCAUUUUGAUCAUCCUGUACAUUUUUAGCAACCGUCAGCCUGGACAUCAAGCAGCUUGCAUUCCAUUUAUAUCUUCUUGGCAACAGGAUCAGCGGUGUGCAGUGCUCAGAACGUAUUUAAGAAUGUAGAUGUCAGCAGACACUAUUGCUGCACCUGUUCUGUUUGUGAGUGUUCUGUGCGUUGACAUGGUUACAGCAUAUGCCAGUUUCAACUGCCAGGCCUAGUGAUAUUUUCACUUAUCUUUCAUCGUUAUGCUUGAGUAAUUGUGAGAUUUUUCCUUAUUGUGCAGAGUAUGAGAUGUGUGGGUUUUUUUUGUUUUUUUUUUUUUGAUUUUGUUGGUUUGGGAUAAGUCCAGUCUUUUUUGCCAGUACAAUUAGACUUUGAGGCACUUCAAAAGUGACACUUCAGCACUUAGCCAGGUUGAUAAAGGCCUUUAGGGCGAUGUCAUAACACCACUAGCAUUCAGCUUACAAACUUUAAAAAUCAUUAUACCUAGUAAUUGUAAUGACUUGUAUAUGUAUCAUGCACAGUAAGGUCACAAAAUCCUCUUUGUUCUGUAAUAGGCUGUUUUAUUGUGGCCACACUUACUUUUUUUCGAGUUCAGAGGACCAGAGCUUCUGCUAAUGCAAAAAAUUGUGUAUAGUGCGCAUUAAAAGUUCGGAGGACCCCUUCAAUUUUCGUCAGUGGGGUCCCAGGGGCCCCCUUCAAAUUUGGGCGAAGAACCGAUACAAAAUUGGGUGUCUGUCUGACAUCGUAUUCCAAUCUAUUGUUGUCAUCUGCUACAAGGUGAGAGUAACUUCCUUUACACUGAGUUUUUUCCCUUACCGGAAAGAGUUCCGUUAACCUAUUUCCAAGAUGUCGUUGACAGCGUGGUUAAAAUCAUCGUCUCAGAAACGGAAAGAAAAUGAGAGUGAAGACAAACAGCAAGAUAAUGAAGAUCGUGAACCCACAUCAUCAUGCCCUGGUCCAUCUAGUACCUGUGAUGACAACCCACCCAAAAAGAAAAAAGUGAGAGCCUACAAUACUGUGUGGGAGAAAGAGUUUUCAUGGCUCGAGUUUGAUGAGUAGUCCCGUCAUGGAGUGUUCCGUGUCUAAAAACUUGGCAGAAAAAUGCUUUCAUCACUGGCUGUACCAAUGCUGUACUAAUGUUCAAAGAAACAUACUAACAAGACAUGAGUCGACUGUUGAUUUGUUGAUAUUUUUUCACAUUGUAAAGGGACCCCUUAGAGUUAGCCUGGGACCCCUUAGAAAUGUGAAGAAAGGGUCCCUGGGACCCUAAAGAAUUAAGCCUUAGCAGAAGCCCUGCAGAGGACAUUUCUGCAGCAAAAGCAAUUCACUAUAUUUUUUUUAAUUUGUAUUUGUGUUGAGAAAAUGUUAAGCAACAAGUGGCCAUAUUUCAAGUAAAGAGACUCCAACAACAACAAAAUAUCUUACCAAAUGAAAAAUUGUUUAUUCUCAUUUAAAGGUGGUCAAUUGGAUUUUUUUUUUUUUUGGUCUCCUAAGAGCACUGAUCAUUUUGUAAUGUUCCUGUGCCUUCAGCUUUGCGCUUCGAGGCCAGUAUUGCUCAUUACUCAGCGUUUAUAAGCUGGCAUAUGUUUAACUUGUUUUUAAAUAUUGAAGCAUCACAUUUUAAGAUGAAAGUGACUUUUUAAAAUUUUACAGUUUUGCGUGGAGCAGACUAUGCACUGUUUACUGUUUUUUGCAAAGCCUGUUAUAAAUACAAUGCACUAUGGGUUAGUGGAGAUUGCUUUGCAUGUAUCUAGCAUGUGAAGAACUGCAAAAUGCUGCAAUAACAAUGUGAUUGAUUUGUACACCUGUGAGACAAUGUGAUUACAAGAUUGUACAUAAUUCUGUGUCUAGCACUGAUAACAGUUUCAUGGUGUGUUCAGAAGUUCCCCAACAGUUCUUGUUAUGCAUAUUCCUGUUUUGAUUGCUUCACGGUCGAUAAUGGUGCUAGACACCAACAAUAGAAUGCUUAAGGAAGCAGCCAGUUUGACCUUCAAGUCUUGUUUAAUCAACAAUCCAUUACAAUCAUCCAGAGUUACAUUGCAUGAUAAACAGCAGUGUUAAUGCCUACAUAACACUAAAAAAGUAUCAAUCCUACAAAGUAUGUUGCAUGAAUUUUCUGUUAUAUUCUUUGGCUUUAAGGUGGUUUGGGCUCUCAGUAUGCAUAUAGUUUCAAUGUGCCAAAAGCAUCUUUUUUUCCUUCUUCUUUGAAGGUUUUUAGCAAUCAGGUGGUCAUAACAUGGAAUCUAAAUCUGUUUCUAUAAUAGAUAGUGAUUAUAGGUACAUAUUCAACUGUUAAAGGCAACAUCCCUAUUAAAUAUUUGAUCAUCC